AUGGCCUUGCUGGGGCUUCUCUCCUGCGUCACCCUCAUCGGGGCCUCCUAUGGCUCUGGGGCCCCUGCCAGUGACCCGGAGCUGAGCAUUACACCCAGGAUCAUCAAUGGGAGGGACGCUGUCCCUGGCGCUUGGCCCUGGCAUGUGACUCUGCAGACCCCUACUGGACUCCUCCUUUGUGGGGGCUCCCUGAUUGACCGGAGAUGGGUGAUCACCGCCGCCCACUGCAAUGUCACGACAUCUGACUGGGCUGUGGCAGGGUUGUAUGACCGGAACUCAGUUCAGGACGGAAUCCAGGUGCUACAUAUUGUCAAGAUUUUUAGGCACCCCAAGUUCGAGUGGAAGAAAUUCUACAAUGACAUCACCCUGCUGAUGGUGGAGGCGCCCUUCAAAUUCUCCAAGAUGGUGUUUCCCAUUGCACUGCCCAGUUCCGAUGACAAGUUUCUUUCUGGAACCCUGUGCACCAUUACGGGCUGGGGGGACACCCACCCCGGAAUCCUGAAGACCCCUGAAAAACUGCAAGAAGCUACCGUGCCCCUUCUGUCCAAAACUGAGUGCAAGAGUUUGUUGGGCAAGUGGUACAGCGAUUCCAUUUUCUGCGCCGGGGCCAACGGGGCCUGCUCCUACUAUGGUGAUGUUGGUGCCCCUGUGGCCUGCAAGCUGAAUGAACUCUGGACGCUGGUGGGCAUCGUGAGUCCCAGUGGCGCCUUGAUCUGCGGGGGCUCCCUGAUCCACAGGAGAUGGGUGCUCACCAGUGCCACCUGCAAUGUCACGACAUCUGACUGGGUUGUUGUGGGGAUGUAUAACCCGCAUUCAAAUAAGAAUAUCAUGCAUCGAAUAGAGGUUGCCAAGGCAGCUCUGCUGUCCUCCCAGGCCCCUGUGUCCUUUGCUUCCCUGUGA